AUGAGCCAUCCAGCCCAGCACUACCCGCCGCCCACCCUCCCCGACUCCAAGAGCGCCGCCUCCGACUCCUCACUCUCCAAAACCAGCUCGUCCUUCCGCCACAGGACUUUCCACACCGCAUUCGGGCCCCUCUCUGUAAAUAACUUCCUGCGCAAAGACUGGAUCAAGUACUAUGUCUUCCUCGUCCUCCUGCUCAUCGCCAUCGCCGUCGUCGCCAUUUACCACCACCAGAUCGUCAUCGCCCUGCACCCGUUCGUCCUCUCGAUGCGCAACCUCAAAAUCAACGGCGUCGAGGUGGGCUGGCUGAUCCCGGUCGCCGUGCUCUUCAUCAUCUCCUUCCCGCCUCUCUUCGGCCACGAGAUCGUCAUCAUCCUGUGCGGACUCGUGUGGGGUUUGUGGCUGGGCUUUGCGAUCGUCUGUCUCGGCACCCUGCUGGGCGAGCUGGCCAACUAA